AUGCCCAAAUUCAAGCAGCGAAGAAGAAAGUUAAAAGCCAAAGCAAAAAGAUUAUUCAAAAGAAAAGAAGCCUCUCACUUUCAGUCUAACCUAAUUACACCUCCUCCUCCACCACCCUCACCAGAAAGAGCGGUUAUUCCUUCAACAGAUAUACCCAUUAGCAGAAGCUGGCUAAGACUCUCCUGGAACUUCAGAUUUCCCAGUUUUAAAAAUGCAAUAAAGCUUUGGACAAAUAGAGUAUGGUCUAUAUACAGCUGGUGCCAGAGCUGCAUGAUCCAGAGUUUAGAAGUAUUAAAAAACACCAUCUUUCCAUCCCGUCUCUGCCACCAAGAACUUCGAAGUCUAAAACAACGGUUUUGCAUUUUGGAAGAUGAAGUAUGCAAGCUCCAGGAGGCACUGAAGGCCGUCUCAGAAAAUUCCUCACGUCCCAGCUGUGGGCAAGCGUGUCACAUGGGUGGUAAGCUUCCAGACGUGCCCGCCUGUGCUCCAGCCAGCCCUGCAGACUCCGCAGAUCUCCGUCCUCCCUCCCCAGCUCAGCCCGCCAGUCGUCCUCCUCCUCUUCCUCCCCCUCCUCCCCCGCCUCCCCCUCUGCCUCCGCCCCCACCACCGACAGCACCAUUGCUGCUCAAAAAAUCUGCUCUCACGAAAGCACUUCAGGCUGGACCAUUAAAAAAACAUGGACCCCUGCAGAUAACAGUUAAAGAUCUACUGACUGUGAAAUUAAAGAAGACACAGAGUUUGGAUGAAAGGAGGAUGCUUGUACCAUCACCAAAGGUACAGAACCCACUGGUUACUGUCUCUGACCUGCAGCGCGUUACCCUGAAACCAAAGUCCACAGUGUUGUCAACUCGAGUUACAAAUGUCUUAAUUACUCCUGGUAAAAGUCAGUUAGAUCUACGGAAACUACUUAGAAAAGUCGAUGUGGAAAGGAGCCCAGGUGGAACCCCGCUUACUAAUAAAGAAAAUCUGGAAACAGGAACUGGGCUGACCCCAGUAAUGACCCGGGCCUUGAAGAGAAAAUUUCAGCUGGCUCACCCUAGAAGCCCAACUCAAACUCUGCCAGUUUCUACAAGCAACUUUGAUGAACAAAACUGA